AUGACGACACUUACUGUUUAUUUUGCUUCAUCACCAACAUCGCUUUCAUCAUCAUCAAAAAAAACAACAGCUACUACUACUAUUAGUAGUAGUACCACUAUUACAGGAAUUCCAGCGAUUCGAACUAUUCAAAAUUUAACAAAAUCAAUACCGUCACCAACAACACCAAGUAUUACUUUACAAACUUCAACAUCAUCAACACAAACACCACUAUCAAGUCGAGUAUCAUCAAAACGUACUAAAACGUUCUUUGAAAGAUUUAAUCAAACAUCUCCAUCAACACUUCUAUCAAAUCCACAAUCUCCACCAAGUCAUCAUCAACAUCAUCAACAACAACAAUCAACUGAUUCAUCAAAUCCUUCAAUAGAUCCACCAACACGUUUACGUCGUAGAUUUACAUUUCGUCGUAGCCUUCGACAUUCAAUUCAUAACAAAGGAGGAGAUACUGAUGAUGGAAUAAGUUUUGAUGUGGAUGGAUCAUCACCACAUGGUGUUAUUAAUUCUCAUCAUAAUACAUCAUCAACAACAUCACAUAAUCAACAACAUGGUUCAACGAAUACAACUAAUAAAACAACAACUACUGCUAGUGGAAUGCAUCGACGUGAAUCAUUUUUGUAUAAAUAUGAUAGUGACAAUGAUCUUUCACCAAAAUGUAUUUCGCGCAAUCCGUCCAUCGGAUCUGAAUUGCACCAGGAUGACAUGAUUGUCACUCCAUUUGCUCAGCUGCUUGCCAGCCUUAAAAAUGUACGGAAAAAUUUUGUCGAUCUUACUCAUAUACCUCCCGAAAGGGCGAAAAGAUCAAGUCAACUUGGCUGUGCUCAAGCUGCUUCACCAAAUUUUUCUAAGGUGACAACGACAACAACAUCAGAUGAUAAUUCAUUAUCACAAGCAAUAGCUACGCUAGAAGAACUUGAUUGGUGUCUAGAACAAUUAGAAACAAUGCAAACUCAUAAAUCUGUUUCUGAUUUAGCCUCGCUCAAAUUUAAGCGUAUGCUCAAUAAAGAAUUAUCUCAUUUUGCCGAAAAUAAUAAAUCCGGCGCACAAAUUAGUGAUUAUUUAUAUUCAACUUAUACAGACAAAAAAGAACCUGAUGUUGAUUUAUCUCAAACAAUACCAUCUUCACGUGGUCUUCCAAAUGAUGAAUCAAAUACAAUAAUAAAAUCAAGAACUACUGAUACAUCAAUAACACCACCAGCAUUAAUGGGACAAAUAGUCGGUUUACAAAAUAUAACAACAGUAUUAACACCAAACACGUCAAUACCUGAGUUAGGUGUUGAUACACUACAUAUUGAUGAAUUACGUUCAUUAUUAAGUCAUAUUAAUGAUUGGGGUUUAGAUACAUUUCGUAUUGAAGAUUUAAGUGGUCAACGACCAUUAACAGCAAUAACAUAUAAAAUAUUUCAAGAACGUUUUCUACUAAGGACAUAUGCUAUUGAACCUCAUACAUUAAUUUCUUAUUUGCUCACACUUGAAGAUCAUUAUCAACAAGUACCAUAUCAUAAUAAAGCUCACGGAGCUGAUGUUUGUCAAUCAAUGCAUGUAUUGCUCAAUGCUUCGGCACUCGACGGCGUGUUCACCGAAUUGGAGAUCAUGGCGGCGAUAUUCGCAUCGGCAGUGCACGAUGUUGACCAUCCCGGUGUAACAAAUCAAUUUUUAAUUAAUACUAAAAAUGAUUUAGCGUUAAUGUAUAAUGAUGAAAGUGUAUUAGAAAAUCAUCAUUUAGCCGUUGCAUUUAAAUUAUUACAAGCUGACGAAAGAAAUAUAUUUUCACAUUUAACAGCUAAACAAAUAAAAACAUUACGUAAAAUGGUUAUUGAUAUGGUUUUAGCGACAGAUAUGUCUAAACAUAUGCAAUUAUUAGCUGAUUUAAAAACAAUGGUUGAAUCGAAAAAAGUUACUGGAAAUAAUAUAAUUAUGCUUGAAUCAUAUGAUGAUAGAAUACAGGUGCUUCAAAAUAUGAUUCAUUGUGCUGAUCUAUCAAAUCCAACUAAACCAUUAGAUAUCUAUAUUAAAUGGACUGAUCGUAUAAUGGAAGAAUUUUGGAGACAAGGUGAUAAAGAACGUGAUCUUGGAUUAGAAAUUUCACCCAUGUGUGAUAGACAUGUAGCUAGUGUAGAAAAACAUCAGGUUGGUUUUAUUGAAUUUAUUGUACAUCCAUUAUGGGAAACAUGGGCUGAUUUAGUUUAUCCAGAUGCAAGUAGUAUUUUAGAAACAUUAGAACAAAAUCGUGAUUGGUAUCAAGCACGUCUUUCAUCUCCAUCAUCAUCAUCAACUACAACGGGAAAUUUAUCAAAUUCUCCGACAAAUAUAAAUAUUUCAUCAUCAUCAUCACAACAUCAAGAUUCAAUUCAACCAUUGUCAUCAUCUUCGUCAUCAUCAUCUCCAUCUCCUAUGUCAUCAGAUGUUCUUACAUCAACUUCAAUUCAUUCGACAACACUAAAUGCGAAUUCAGCCGGUGAUCAGCUCAUUCCCACAUCUUUAUCUCCUUCACCAUCAGUAUCAUCCACAUCUCGGACAAUACCCACUGCAGGAACAUCAAAUCCGAGUGGUAAUGGUGGUGAAUUCCAAAUGACGGUGACACCAGCCACGUCCUAA